GUUGUGCAAGGUUAAUCGAAGAGAGCAUGAUGUUUGCAGUGUUUGUCCUGCUAGUCUCUAUUUCCUGCUGUAGUACUACGCCUCCAAGGAAGGGUUAUUUGUAUGACAACAGAUACUAUCUCCCGCACCUACCUUUACCACCUCGCCCAACUCAUCCUCCAACUACAACACCAGCGAAUCCGGGAACCACACCGACGAUCCCGAGACCCAGCGAGGAUGAUGAAAGACUGGCCGCCGAGAUAGGUGUCAAAAUUCCAUCGGAUGAUUGUGUCAUUUCCUGGGAAGAUUUCAAAAAUAAGGUCGCAAACAAACCGUGGAUUGGCAUAUAUGGUUUGGACGAUGACAAGGCUCUUAACCCAGGAGUCGCCUUUAAGGGUUCGUUACUUUGGAAUGUAAUAAACGAAACAACAAUUCGAAGAAGAGGAAGUUUCAGGGACUCGAUUGAUGAAUGUCUGUUUGCUGAUGGUGUAUUUAAGCGAGCGGAUGAUUCACUUGCAAUAUUUCAAUCAAUAAGCGGAAAUCUUUUCGCAGCAGCCAAUAGAAAGGACUACUUAGUGUGCGGGCCGGAGUUUAGAUUUUGCAUCUUUUUCAUUGUUUAUGAUACACAAAACAAUAGACAAGGCCGGGGUAAUCUUACAGAAGCGUUUUUAUUGGUUAAAGAUCAAAGGAGUCAACCACCUAACAGUGAAGGUGUUAUAGAACAACAAAUCACACUGAAUGACCUACCAUGGACUCUAAUGGAUAAAUACCUUCAAAAGUGUUUAGGACAGACGUUUGUAGACGACAGAGAUCCACAACUAUUCUAUGCUUGGAAGAAUCCAUCAUGUGCAGCACCUGGAACAGCCAAGUUCGACGAGGGAGCCAUGGCAGGAUAACGUGACAGAUUUGAAGUAAACAACACAAACUAUAUGCAGGAACAAUUUUAACCAGCAACAUAUUCAUAUAAAAUGCACUAUGCUGUCGUAAUUUAAUUUCCUGCGUAAUAAAGAAAAUUGAACAGACA